CUGUUUCUGCUGCUUCUGCUGCCGCCGCCGCCGCCGCCCUGAGGCACUUCCCGAGCAACUCGACGACUUCCUGGCUGCCCAUUCUGAUAAAAGCGAGAAACAUUAUAAGCGUUACAAAAGAUCUGACUCGUCAACAGAGGCAUCUUGGCUGGCUUUAAGUACAUUUAUGCACAGUUUGCCACACCUAACCUGACACGCUUUCAAGUUUUCUUUCACUUUCCGGUUAAGGGCGGACUUUUGCAUGCUGCGUUCGGGGCAAUCGGAAAUAGGAGGACUAUACUAACGGAACGUCUGGAAGAAAAGCCUUUCAGCCUACACUUCGACUUGAACGUGGUUCUUUUCGCCGUCGAAGCCUGUACAUUUGGCGGCGGCACGUGACGCACCCAAAUGCAGCGGCCGCUCGUGACGCCACCAAGAGGCGGGACCGUGGAGCUGCAGUGCACAGCCGGAGGAGAGGACCUGGCUGGCGUGCGGAGCAGACGCGCAUCCUCGCUGCGUUUUUGCAGUAAAAGGAAAGGAGAUCCGCCAAGGCAAAUGAAAAGCACAUGCUGCAGAGACUUCUGAUAAGUUGUCAUUUGAAGGGCUUUGAGCUACACAAAGACCGUGUCGGGGGCAGCUGAUGUCCCUGCUCACUCCACAUUUGGUGUCCGUGUUCCAGCUGCAUACGCAGGGCACUGGAGCCGUCCUCCUCUAAAGUGUGGGGAAGGAACCGAGGCGGGGACGGCGUUAUGGAGCCCAUCGCAUGCGAGCAGUCGGCCACAGUGGACGACUUGGCGGAGGCGUGCGUCCGAGCCUUUGAUGAAACAGGGGUGCUGGUGGACCCUGCCCUGGUGCGUAUGUUCCUCACGAUGCAUCCUUGGUACAUCUCGUCGACAGACAUGGCUGCCAAGUUGGUGCACAAAUCUCAAGAGGGGGGCUGCACGGCAGUGCGGCGAAGCAGAAUAUGCCACCUCGUAAAGUAUUGGAUCUCCGAGUUUCCUGCAGAGUUCAAUCUGAACCCGGAACUGGCUGAGCAGAUGAAGGACUUUAAAGACCUCCUGAGCACAGAGGGCAACGAGCGCCAGAGCCAGCUCAUUGACAUUGAGAGCGUGCCGUCGUAUGAAUGGAAGCGUCAGGUGACUCAGCGUGUCCCGUCUGUCUCCAAAAAGAGGAAAAUGUCUUUGCUCUUCGACCACCUUGACUCCUGUGAACUGGCUGAGCACCUGACCUACUUGGAGUACAAAUCCUUCUGCAAGAUUUUGUUUCAGGAUUACCACAGCUUCGUGAUGCACGGCUGCACAGUGGACAACCCGGUGCUGGAACGCUUCAUCACGCUCUUCAACAGCGUCUCGCAGUGGAUCCAGCUCAUGGUGCUCAGUAAGCCCACGGCGCCUCAGAGAGCCUCAGUCGUCUCGCACUUUAUCAGAGUUGCACAGAAGCUCCUGCAGCUGCAGAACUUCAACACGUUGAUGGCGGUGGUGGGCGGCCUCAGCAACAGCUCCAUCUCACGCCUCAAAGACACGCAGGCGCACAUCAGUGCUGAAACCAACAAGGUUUUUAACGGCCUCAUCGAGCUGGUGACGUCGUGCGGCAACUACAGCCAGUACCGCAAGUGCUUCUCGGAAAGCUCUGGCUUCCGCUUUCCCAUCCUGGGCGUGCACUUGAAGGAUCUGAUCGCCGUGCACGUGGCGCUGCCGGACUGGGCCGACAAGGAGAAGACGCGAGUCAACCUGGCCAAAACCCAGCAGCUCUACAUCAUCCUUCAGGAGCUGGCACUGAUACAGAACACGCCGCCCAACGUGGACGCCAACACGGACCUGCUGAACCUCUUGACAGUAUCUCUGGACCAGUAUCACACAGAAGAAGAGAUCUACCAGAUGUCUUUGCAGAGGGAACCUCGCAAGUCAGCGAACUCUAGCCCCGCUCCGGCUCCUGACCCCAAGUCCACUGUGAUCUAUGAGUGGGCUGUGUCGGUGAAGCCCAACGCUGACCCAACGGUCAUCAAGAAACACAUCGAGAAGAUGGUGGAGUCUGUCUUCAAGAACUUCGACACAGAUGGCGAUGGCCACAUAUCCAGGGAUGAGUUUGAGGCCAUCAGGAACAACUUUCCCUACCUCAGCAAGUUCGGAGAACUGGACAAGAACCAAGACGGCAAAAUCAGCCGGGAGGAGAUGAUCGACUACUUCACGAGGGCCAGCUCGCUUCUCAACUGCAAAAUGGGCUUUCUCCACACCUUCGCCGAGGCCACCUACGUCAAGCCCACUUUCUGCGAGCACUGCGCCGGCUUUAUUUGGGGCUUCUACAAGCAGGGCUACAAGUGCAAAGCCUGCGGGGUCAACUGCCACAAGGCCUGCCGCAGCCGCCUGGUCGUCGAGUGCCGGAAGAGAACCAAGAGCAUCAGUCACGAGACGCCGCCCGCUCUUCAGGCCAGAUCCUACAGCUUCCCGCCACCUGCCAACCCUCCGCCCGACCUCCGGAACACCGUAAUUGCUGAGGAGGAUUUAGAGGCAGUGGAAGAAGGCGUAUUUGACGUCCACCUAUAACACGUGAGGGGACAACUUCAAAAAGCUUAUGGCGAAGUCUGGAAGUCUUCAGCCGCGUAAGCGCUCAAAGAGAGGUCACCAAAGGUCCCCACAGCGACGUCAAAGGACAAAAUCCACUGCUGCCGCCCAGUGGAUAAAUACUGCUCCUGCAACACUUGCUCCGUGGACAUGACAAUUCGUGUUAAUAAGUGUGGACCGUGAACAAUGUUAUUUUUGUGUCACCUUCCCCGUACUCGUAUUUAUUGAAGAAUGAAUUCUGAUGCAACUUGCUGCAUUUUUGCUGUUGCACGCCAAACGAUCAUUUACCAUGAGUUAGUACACGACAUCCCAAAAGGACUAGGUUUUGUUUUCCCACAGAGAGACUCUUUCCGCCAACGAGCGCCAUCUUGUGAACAUCCGGUAAGUCACCGAACGCGACGCCGGAACACAGGAAACGUCCUGUGUGAAUUGCGUAAAAGGCCGCAGCUGCCUUGACGAACGAUGUUUCGAAUGGGUUAUCUUCCACUGCAACUGCCUCAGACUAAUAAGAAGUCAAAUGCUUAUUUCCCCCCCGGCGUUCUUCUCCUUGUCCGUGCAACAGUGUUUGUCCACUGCCUGUUAGUGCAGAUGAAUAAAAAUAAAUUGCA